AUGCCGUCUCAUUCUUCUAUUGGGUUUGUUGGGUUCAGCCCAGAAAAAGCUAAAAUUGCAGAGGCUUUGCAAUCAAAUCUCUACGACACAAUCAGGGUUUGCAAUACCUCUUUGGAAAGUGUUGAGUUCAUUGGAGCCGGGCAAGUACAGCGAUCAGACUCGGUCCAUCAUGUUGCCCAGCACAGCCAGAUUGUCUGGAUUGAGGAGAAAGACGCGGAAGCUUUGAGUGAGAUGCUUCUAGGAUCGUCAUCCGGUCUUAUACACUCAUUGCCCAAGGAUGCGUCACUCAUGCUCGAAUGUCUCGCUUUGCCAGAUCACUACCAAGACCUAGCCUCUCGUUUCACUGAAGCUGGCCGAGCUGACAUCAAGAUCCUUGACUGCUCUGUUGUCGCACCAAGCACCGGAAGCAGUAGGACCAAGAGCUCCAUCUGGAUCUCGGGUUCAGGAGCCGCAGUCGAAAGCGUCGCUUUCCUGUCAAAGGCUCAUGACAACGUCCAUGUCAUUUCCGGUGGUCUUGGAGCAGCAAAUAAACUGCGAUUGACGAGCUAUUUGAUGGAGGCGACGCAUGCUGUCACGGCUGCCGAGGCUACUGGUCUUGCGUCGAAAGCAGGGAUUGACGCCAAUGAGAUAUACAGCAUCAUCAUCAACGCCGCAGGCAAUUCUUCUGCGUAUGAGGAGCUCGUACCUCACAUGCUGCAGGGAAAUUCACAGGUGAAGCCGUCGAUUGAGUCGCUGUUACAUAACAUUAAUAUUGUCACGUCUUCAUCCAAGAGUCUCAACUUCCCUUUGCCACUGUGCUCUGCCAGUGAACAAGUUUGCCUGCUCGCUUCCACCCAAGGAUAUGGCCUCGAACAUGUCUCCAGCCUGGUCAAACUGUUCGAAUCGCAGCACCAGAAGCCUACGCCUACUGAUGCAAGUGGCAACUAUGCAAGCAAAACUUCCAUAGACGUUACUCCGCCAAAGACACCGCCAUCAGUGGCAACGAUUGGCAUGGUGGGUUUAGGGGCAAUGGGUCAAGGGAUGGCGCAGUCCCUCGUACGAGCCGGUUUCUCCGUGCAAGGCUAUGAUGUUUGGGCUCCCUCAGUCGAGAAGUUCGCAGCCAGUGGCCCGAGUGGGAUGUCUAUCGCAGCCUCUUCACCAGCUGAAGCCGCCAAGGGCACAGAUGCGCUGAUCCUCAUGGUUCAGAACGCUGUGCAGGCGUGGGAUGUACUGUUUGGUGCUGGCAAGGCUGCCGAAGAGCUCUCUGAUGGAGCGACAGUCAUACUCAGCUCAACUGUCCCACCAUCUGAGGCACGCCGCAUCGGCGACAAGUUGGAGUCUCUGGGUAGGGGUCUCAGCCUCGUGGAUGCACCUGUCAGUGGAGGUGUUGCUCGUGCAGCAAAGGGUGAUCUCACGAUGAUCUGCUCGGGAACAGGGUCGGCACUCGGAUCCGUUCGCGGUAUCAUUCUAGCCAUGGCCGGCAAGGAGUCCAACAUCUACAACGUCAAGGGCGGAGUUGGUGCAGCAUCUUCAGCGAAGCUCAUCAACCAGCUUCUAGCAGGAGUCCACAUCGCAACGGCAGCAGAGUCACUGGCAUUCGCGUCCCGUCUUGGCCUCGACACGCGGCAAGUGUACGAUAUCUUCAAUGAGUCUACCGCCUGGAGCUGGAUGUUUCAGAACCGGGCUACGCAGAUGCUCGAUGCCGAUUGGACUCCCCACUCAGCUUUGGCAAUCUUUGUCAAGGAUCUUGGUAUUGUUCUGAAUGAAGCGAAGAGGCUGGCUAGUUAUACGCCCAUGUCUGCGGUGGCUCAUACCCUCUAUAUCGAUGGAGCCGCUCGCGGAUGGGCUAAAGAGUCAGAUGCAGGCGUGGUGCGACUCUGGGAGGCAGCUGGAUCAGACGUGAGCGGGAGUGCAUCUGUCAAGGUAUCAUCUCCUGCUGCGUACCAAGAAUCCGUCAAGUCAUUGCCAGCAAAAGCUACAUUGGAUGCCCUCCCUGCUGAAUACACCACUGACCUGAUUGAGUCAACAAAAGCUCGCGUUGACAGCGGUGUCAUGCCUGUCCUCGUCGCUCUCGACGAUGACCCCACCGGAACUCAGACCUGCAACAACAUCGACGUUCUAGCCGUCUGGGAUGUUGGCACUCUCAAGGAGCAAUUCGCAACGGACUGCCGCGGUUUCUUCAUCUUGACCAACAGCAGAGCUCUCCCACCUGCCGAAGCAAGGGAGCUUAUUGUCGAGAUCACAACAAACGUGAAUAAGGCCGCUGAGGAAAGUGGCAAGGCCUUCGAGAUAGUCUUGCGUGGCGACUCAACGCUCCGCGGUCACUUGCCGGAGGAGCCCGAGGCAGUCGAGGAGGUGCUCGGUAAAUCCGACGGUUGGGUCUUUGCACCUUUCUUCCGCCAAGGGGGCAGGUUCACCAUUGACGAUGUUCAUUAUGUGCAAGAAGAUGACCAGUUAGUCCCUGCUGCGCAGACUCCAUUCGCACAGGAUGCUACGUUUGGCUACAAGAACUCCAACCUUCGGCAGUAUAUCCUCGAGAAAUGCGGAUCGCGAUUCACAGCAUCAUCUUUCACGUCGAUCACCUUGGAAGAUCUGCGUUGCGGAGGUCCAGCCAAGGUCGAAGAGAAGCUACUGAGCGGAGAGCGCGGUGCUGACCGUGUCAUCAUUGUCAAUGCUGUGGCGGAUUCCGAUAUGAACGUCUUCGUUGCUGGGCUCUUGGCUGCUGAGGAAAAGGGGUACCGUUUCAUCUACCGCACUGCAGCUGCCUUCGUAUCGUCGAGGCUCGGAAUCAAAGAAAUCCCACCUAAAUCUUGGGCUGAAGUCUCGCUCAAGGCUGACGUUGAUGCUCCAAGGACUGGUGGUCUCAUUCUGGCUGGAUCAUACGUACCCAAAACGACAGCGCAGCUCAAGGCGUUGCGUGAGCGCAGGGGUGCUGAUCUUGAAGUGAUUGAGCUAGAUGUGGCUCAACUAAUCGAAUCUGCGGAACAGGAGCAGAAGAUAGUAGAUUGUGCUAUCUCCGAGACUACCAGGCUCAUCAGCGCUGGCAGAGACGUCUUGGUCAUGACUUCCCGGACGUUGAUCAAGACCGAUGAAGCCAUCUCCUCGCUGGAGAUCGGUUCCAAGGUGGCUGCUGCACUUGUCCGCCUACUCGUUAACAUCCAGGUGCGGCCACGAUAUAUAAUUGCUAAGGGAGGGAUCACCUCCUCGGACGCAGCCACCAAAGGUCUCAAGAUGAGGAGAGCUCUUAUCGUAGGCCAGGCUGCUCCAGGCGUGCCACUCUGGAGAUGCGAUGAGGAGACAAGCCGGCAUCGGUCUGUGCCUUUUGUUGUCUUCCCAGGUAAUGUUGGCAGCGAGACGACUCUGGCCGAGAUUGUUGAACAGUGGGCACUUUGAGAGAUAGAUACCUGGAUUGAGAUUGGUGAGGAAUAGAAGC